AUGACCAACGAGACAGCUCUAACAUUGGCGGCCGCGGUCAUCGGAUCCACAUAUUUUCUAUAUUGUAAAUUGCUGAAAACUGCAAAAUUGUCACUUCCAAAUGGUCUAUCUGUUGAUAGACAAGCUGUUGAGGUUAAGGGUCAACCUGGCGUCUGGAAAAGUGCUCUUAUGGAAAAUGAGCAAGAAGACGUGCUCACCAGAUUCUAUCCAGAAGUUGCCACUAUUCAUGAUGUCUUCUUGAAAGGAAAAGAGAUGUCCAGCAGUCGGAUUUAUGGGAGUACGGAGAGCAAAGGGGGACCGUGUGUUGGAACGAGAUCGUCUGGCACCUCGGAUUAUGAAUUUUUGAGUUAUGAUGAGGUUCACGAGAAGGCGAAGAAGUUGUCGAUGACGUUGGUUCAUGAGUUUGGGCUUACGCCAGGCAACACGACGAACAUCGGAAUCUACGCGCGUAACUCUCCACAAUGGUUGAUCAGCGCUCUGGCGUGUAUCGAACAGUCAAUGGUUGUAGUACCUCUGUAUGAUACUCUCGGUGCAGAAGCAGCCACUUUCAUUGUGUCUCAAGCAGAGAUCAGUGUGGUCAUAGUGGAUUCAUACAAGAAGGCCGAGUGCUUAGUUCAGAAUAGACAUAACAUGCCGAGUUUGAAGAGUGUCAUUGUUAUUGAUAGUGCUGAGUUAUUGAAUGGACCGACCACAAUCGACUCGAUCCGUAUCGAGUCCUUCGACAGUGCUCUGUCCCUCGGAGCCCAAUACGAAUACAGCAAUAACCUCCCAAAACCAGAAGACAACUACAUCAUCUGCUAUACAUCUGGAACUACUGGAACACCAAAGGGUGUCAUGUUGACUCACUCGAACAUCGUAGCCAAUAUCAGCGGAUUUUUGAAAAUCUUAUUCGCUUUCCAACCAUCGAUGAUUGAUACAACACAGGUCCACAUCUCAUACCUCCCACUAUCCCAUAUGAUGGAACAACUCACCCACUGGACUCUUCUCGGAUUCGGAUCAAAAAUCGGUUAUUUCCGAGGAAGUAUUCAAGGACUGACUGACGACAUCAAGUCACUCAAACCCACCGUAUUCCCAGUAGUGCCACGUCUGUUGAACCGGCUUUAUGACGCGAUUACGAGCAAAGUGCAACAACAGGGAUUCAUGGCUAAGCUAGUCUACAACUUCGCAUUUGCCAGAAAAUUGAGUCAAGUGAAGGCAGGAAAAGGAGGAAGAGAUACCAUUUGGGACCGUCUCGUUUUCCGUAAGAUUCAGGAACAAAUCGGAGGAAAAGUGGACUUGAUGGUCACUGGAUCCGCACCAAUCUCAUCUACAGUACUCGAGACUUGUCGUGUGACACUUGGAGCCACGAUUGUUGAAGGGUACGGACAGACAGAGUGUACUGCAUUGGCUACGUUCACGUGGAUGGGCGAUCCGAGUACUGGACAUUGUGGAGCACCGGCGCCAUGUGCGUUGGUAAAGUUGGGAGAUGUUCCGGAUUUGAAUUAUUUUGCGAAGGAUGGAAAGGGAGAGAUUCGUAUCAAGGGGCCAUGUGUCACAAAAGGAUACUAUAAGGAUCCAGAAAGAACGGCCGAAUUGUUUGAUGAAGAUGGAUUCCUUCAAACGGGAGAUAUUGGAGAGAUGCUUCCAAAUGGAUGUAUUCGAAUUAUUGAUAGAAAGAAGCACAUUUUCAAACUGGCACAAGGAGAGUACGUGGCACCUGAGAAGAUCGAGCAAGUCUAUAUUAGAACUCCAGUUGCACAACAAGUAUACGUGGAUGGAGAUAGUUUAGAGAGAUGGCUGAUUGCAGUCGUUGUCCCCGAGCCAGAUGUGAUGAUGGAGUGGAAUGAGAAGCAGGGAGCUGGACAGAGAAGUUUGGAAGAGAUUUGUAAAGAUGAGAAGGCGAAAGAGUUUGUGCUCAGUGAGCUGCAUGCGAUUGGAAAGGCAAACAAGUUGAAUUCUAUUGAACAGGUCAAAAAAGUGAUUCUAUCCACCGAUCCAUUCACUGUUGAAAACGGUCUCCUCACCCCGACACUGAAAGCGAAACGACCACAAUUGAGGCUGAAAUAUAAGGAUGGAAUGGCGAAAGUAUAUAAACAAUUCCCGAAUCUAUGA